AUGUCUGCCCACACGGCUCCUUCGCAGAACUACGACUAUCUGCGCCGCAAGCAGUCGACCAAGGCGCCGCCCUCGUCAAUUACUCCCGCCCGCAAGCCCGUUCGCACACCCAGCGAGCGGAAUAGCAAUGGCACCGUGAGCUCAUACGCGACCACGGCGACGCGGGACACCAACAUCACCGAGCCGCCCUCGUACUCGAAGAAGCUGGUUGUGGUCGGCGAUGGCGGCUGCGGCAAGACGUGUCUGUUGAUCAGCUACAGCUCGGGCAACUUCCCAGAGAAAUAUGUCCCCACCGUGUUCGAGAACUACAUCACCCACACGCCGCACCCGCCCACCGGCAAGAUGGUCGAGCUCGCCCUCUGGGACACGGCUGGGCAAGAAGAGUACGACCGGCUACGGCCUCUCUCAUACCCUGAGACGGACAUCAUUUUCGUCUGCUUCGCCAUUGACUGCCCCAACUCGCUUGAGAACGUCAUGGACAAGUGGUACCCUGAAGUCCUCCACUUUUGCCCUACGACCCCGCUCAUGCUCCUUGGCCUCAAGUCAGACUUGCGCAACAAGAAGAACUGCAUCGAGCUCCUCAAGACCCAAGGCCUCACCCCGGUGACGCCCGAGCAGGGCCGCGCAGUCGCCAAGAAGAUGGGCGCCCUCUACAUGGAGUGCAGCAGCAAGGAGCAGGACGGCGUAGAAGACAUCUUCGACAUGGCUGUGACGCUAGCCGUGGCUGACGAGCAGAAGGAGCCUGAGACAAGCGCACCUUCGCGGCCGGCUUUCCCCACUGGCGGUAAGAAGAAGAAACGAAGCGGGUGCAAGAUCCUCUAA